CUUUCACUUGUCAGCGCGUCUAUAACAGUGAGCUAUCUGCGCCGGGGCUGCGCGGGGGGGUGGGUGGCUGGCUAAGCGAUCCUGGCGAGGGCGACGGGAUCUGAACGGAGCGGACAGGACUGGAUGCUCCCGAGUUGCCGGCGCAGUGACUGGCUUCUAACGCAGAGGACGUCUGGCUCCGCUCGCUCUCCAGACAGGUCGAGGGAGGUCGGCGAGUGAAACGAGGCACCGAGGCGGGAGGGACCAGCGUGGCCGGCGCCAUGGCGCAGCAGCCGAGGCUUUCCGUCCCUCUUGCGCCGCUCCUGUUCCUCCUCCUGCUGGUUCUUCCGUCGGCGCGGGGCUCGGCUUAUCUGUCCGGAUAUCGCGGCAGGUCUCGCCUCCAGCGCGACCGACAAAUGCGCAACACCCGUCCGAACAUCAUUCUCGUCCUGACGGAUGACCAGGACAUGGAGCUGGGCUCCAUGCAGGCCAUGAACAAAACCCGUCAGAUCAUGGAGAAGGGGGGCACGCAUUUCUCCAACGCCUUCUCCACCACGCCCAUGUGCUGCCCGUCCCGCUCCUCCCUCUUGACCGGCAAGUACGUCCACAACCACCACACCUACACCAACAACGAGAACUGCUCCUCGCCGUCGUGGCAGGCCCAGCACGAGCCGCGCACCUUCGCCGUGCACCUCAACAACUCCGGCUACAGGACGGCUUUUUUCGGAAAGUAUCUCAACGAGUAUAACGGCUCCUACGUGCCCCCCGGCUGGAGGGAGUGGGUGGCGCUGGUGAAAAACUCCCGCUUCUACAACUACACCCUGUGCCGGAACGGAAUCCGAGAGAAACACGGCGGCGACUAUUCCAAGGAUUACCUGACGGACGUCAUCACCAACGACAGCGUCAACUACUUCCGCCUGUCCAAGCGGCUGUACCCCAACCGUCCCGUCAUGAUGGUUCUGAGUCACGUCGCCCCUCACGGCCCGGAGGACUCGGCCCCGCAGUUCAGCGCCGCUUUCCCCAAUGCGUCGCAGCACAUAACUCCGAGCUACAACUACGCGCCGAACCCGGACAAACACUGGAUCCUGCGCUACACCGGGGCCAUGAGGCCCGUGCACAUGCAGUUCACUAACAUGCUGCAACGCAGGAGGAUGCAGACCCUGCUGUCUGUGGACGACAGCAUGGAGAAGAUGCACAACAUGCUGGUGGAGACGGGCGAGCUGGACAACACCUACAUCAUCUACACGUCCGAUCACGGCUACCAUAUCGGCCAGUUUGGGCUGGUGAAGGGCAAAUCCAUGCCUUACGAGUUCGAUAUCCGCGUGCCCUUCUACGUGCGGGGGCCCAACGUGGAGCAAGGCGCCACUAAGCCCCACGUGGUCCUGAAUAUCGACCUGGCGCCGACUCUGCUGGACAUGGCCGGCCUUGAGAUCCCUGCGGAAAUGGAUGGAAAGUCUAUCCUGAAGCUGCUCGACGCUGACAAACCGGUCAACAGGUUCCAUUUAAACAGGAAAGGCAAAACGUGGAGGGAUUCCUUCCUUGUGGAGAGAGGGAAGCCUCUCCACAAGAGGGCCGACGGGAAGGAAAUGGCUCAGGAGGAGAACUUCCUGCCCAAAUACCAGCGAGUCAGGGAGCUGUGCCAGAAGGCAGAGUACCAGACUUCCUGUCAACAGCCGGGACAGAAGUGGCAGUGCGUGGAGGACCCUUCCGGCAAGCUGAGACUGUACAAGUGCAAGGGCAUGGCCGGUCUGUACGCCGCGCCCGCGCAGGCUCCGACGGCCCCCCGGCCGGCGCUUUCCUCCACUGCGGACGGCUGCGCCUGCGCCAACGUGGCCUUCAAAACAGCCGCCCUCAAGCGAAAGAAACUGCUGGCCAAGAAGAAGAUUAAGUCCGGCAAGUCCGCCUCGAGGAAGCGUUGGGCCCGCUCGCUGUCCUUCGAGCCGGAUGGAGAUCUGUACGCUGCGGACCUGGGAGAGUCGUACCUCAACAGCACGUGGACUUUGGGCAGAAGCGGAGGAGCGGCGCAUGAGGAGCGCGAUGACGAGUUCAGUGGCAGGCCCACCACUGACGGCGGUGUGACUCCACCCGCCGCUCUCAAGGUCACGUACAGAUGCUCCAUUCUCAUGAACGACACGGUCAAAUGUGACGGUGGGCUCUACAAGUCCCUGCAAGCGUGGAAAGACCAUAAAAUGCACAUUGAGCACGAGAUUGAAACCUUGCAGACCAAGAUAAAGAACCUGCGUGAGGUCAAAGGGCACCUCAAACAGGUGCGACCGGAGGAAUGUCAGUGUAACACUUUCAGCUACCCGCUCAAGAACAAAGGCGGCGGCUUUGUGCCGGGCGGCGGACGCGUGCCUUCGCUCAGGAUGCCAAAGCAGAAGACGCAGUGGCUGCAGAAGGAGCAGAAACGCAGGAAGAAACUGCGCAAAUUCCUGAAAAGGCUGCGCAACAACGACACCUGCAGCAUGCCGGGACUCACUUGCUUCACCCACGACAAUCACCACUGGCAGACUGCCCCCUAUUGGACGAUGGGGCCGUUCUGCGCCUGCACCAGCGCCAACAACAAUACCUACUGGUGCCUGAGGACCAUCAAUGACACGCACAACUUCCUGUUCUGUGAGUUUGCCACCGGGUUCCUGGAGUAUUUUGACCUCAACACGGACCCGUACCAGCUGAUGAACGCCGUCGGCACCCUGGAGCGCGACGCUUUGAAUUCGAUGCAUCAGCAGCUCAUGGAAUUACGGGCGUGCAAGGGACACAAGCAGUGCAACCCUGAAAAGGGAGGCAAAGAGCGAAACUACUUUAGUGAAUACAGGCCAGUUUAUCGUCGAAAGAGACCAAAAGUGAAGAAACCGUCCUCCAAAUCGCUGGGGCAGAUUUGGGACGGCUGGGUGGGCUAAUUGCCCGCUCCCCUCGGCCAACCACCAGAGGCGGUCUCGCCACGCUCCGAUGACACGAUUGCAGAGCCGCUCACGCGGGCGGGAGGCGUGACGAAACUGAGGGGGCGGGGGCGCUUGUCGACUGUGUAAUUAUCAGUUGCUCUUCACCACACCUUUCAUUCUGGCGUCGAGAUCCGUCCGCGCCAACCGGACGGCGUGAUUCCGCGCCUCUGCACCAGCCAUUCGCUUUCACCGCUUGUAGAUAAGUCUUGGCUUUCCUCCGCUUUCACCCGCGCGGCACCGGACCCCAGCGGACCGAGCCCUCGACUCUGCUGCUGCUCGUUCAAGUUGCCAACGGAAAUCCGAACUUUGGAGUCCUGUGGCUCCAAACUGCCCGUUGGCCCUUAUCUUUUGUAUCCCGGUUGAACUUGACGUUAUUACUGAAUGUCCUCAAUAUACCCCCUCCCCUCUCCCCCCCAGCAAGUGAGGUGCGAGGGGUCAGUCGCCCUCUCCGUUGGUACCAGGCUCACCCCGAGCACGUCUCGGCACGGGAAAGCUCUGAACAAGUCCGUCCUUUCUUCCGUCUGUCCAAUCCCAACAUAUUUGAUCAUCGGCAGAAUGUAUAUGAUUCACGCCCCCCCCCCCCCUUGUAUGCCACACAGUAGACGUCUCAAUCUAGCUUGCUUCUAUACUUGGUGCUACGGGAUAACCUGACAAAAGUCAACUCGCUGUACAGUACGAGUUUGUAAUUGAAUGUAUGUUGUGCAAUGGAUAUACUGUAAAUGUUUACAAUAUUUUUGUAAGAGCCAAGCGGCGGACCUCAUUUGUGGGAGUUGAAACAAAUGGACUCCUAUCGAGGGGAAUGUAGAUCGUCCUUUGCUUCUUUAAGGGAGGGGAAAAAAAGCACUUCAAAAGGAUUCACUGUGAAGAUAUUAACCUAGAACGUUUGUUAUGUGCCAGAGAAACAACACAGUAAGCAGUGUUAUGUACAUGUUUCGUGUCCAUUUAGCAGCCUGCCUUGUUUUUUUAUUUUUUAUUUUUACUUUCCUCAAUUUUGUUUUCUUAGCGGGACGUAGAACCUGAGUGCUGACAGUCAUGGUGAAUAAAGUGUUGUUUU